GAUGUGGGAGGGAGCUAACGGCUGGAGUCACUCCCAUCAGCGGUAGUCUGUCUGGGGCAGAAGAGAAGGACGGAACCAUUCAUUCUUCUUCGGUUCCCGGAGGAAAAACGUGGAGGAUGAAGAAGACAAACUGAGGAAAACAAAACAAAACAGGAUCAACCACGACAACUUAAACUACACAAAGAAGAAGACACAAUCAGAUACAGCUGGAUUUCAGAGGCGUCGCUACAGAAAAACUAAUCGGCAGCAGUUACACGUGGUGAGGAGUUGAGAGGACUCUAACGUCAUCUGGAUUCAUCUGAAGAACUCGUCUCUGCGUCCACACGAGAGGUGUGUCUGAUGUGACGCCAGCGGGCUGGCUCAGGGAACACAACUUCAAUACAAUGUAGACACCAAAAACCAGACAGAAUAAGAGUCUGAUCACCGAGCCAACAGAAGGAGGGUGAGUUCAAGGAGGAGGAAGAACAGCUGUGUCAAAACAGAAGAUAAGAAGUGAAAGAGAGAAAGAGGGAAGCAGUCGACUGUGAAUCAUUGACUUGAACCUUUCGUGUGCAGUGGUGUCACCGAGUCCUUCCUGUGAAGUGUUCACUCACUCUCAAAUCCUCACCGGAGAAGGAUCACAACCUCAGCUCUUGGUCCUUGAGCGCCUCUCGCUCCACUCUUUCAUCUCUCUCUCGAGUUGUAGUCUGAACAGAGGGAGACUCCAGCCGCCGUCAGCAUGUGCCAUGUCAUUGUCACCUGUCGCUCCAUGCUGUGGACUCUGCUGAGUAUUGUGGCCGCGUUUGGAGAGCUCAUCGCCUUCAUGAGCACUGACUGGCUGGUGGGAUUCCCCCGAACCCCCGAUGCCGUCUACGGCCCCCAUGGGGCCACCACAGCCGGAGAAGCCUACAGGCCCACUUUAGGCAUCUACGGCCGCUGUAUAAAACUGCCCCACCUGAAGCGUGGAAUACUGUGCGGACCGUACGCGAUACACUUUGGAGAGAUUGCCAGCGGGUUCUGGCAGGCUACUUCUAUCUUCCUGGCUGCAGGGAUCCUGCUGCUGUGUGCCGUGGCCUUCAUCUCGGUCUUCACCAUGUGCUUCCAGAGCAUCAUGAAGAAGAGCAUCUUCAACGUGUGUGGACUGCUGCAGGGGAUCGCAGGUCUGUUUCUGAUCCUGGGUCUGAUGUUGUACCCCGCUGGCUGGGGUUCAGAUAAGGUGCAGCUGUACUGCGGUCCCGACGCUGCUCCGUACCGGGCCGGGCUCUGCUCCAUGGGCUGGGCCUUCUACACCGCCAUGGGGGGCACCGUGCUCACCUUCAUCUGCGCAGUCUUCUCCGCACAGGCCGAGAUCGCCACGUCCAGCGACAAGGUCCAGGAGGAGAUCGAGGAGGGGAAAAGCCUCAUCUGCCUCCUCUGAAGCUCAGAUACUUUUGUCCUAUUGGGAAAUGAAGAAGAAGAAGAAGAACAA